UCAUUGUAAAGCACGAAAACGAAAGCUUGAACUCAAAAAAUGGAAGUUCAUCUAGUGAGUUCCACAGUCAUUCCCCAAGUAUUUCCUCCCACUGAAAUUACGAAAACACCCCUCACCGUCUUCGACAUGCUGGCACCAAACAUGCAGGUGAAUGUGUUAUACGCCUUCACUCCACCGACGCCGACCAACACUGCUUUGAAAGAUGGCUUAAAGAAGGCUCUAGAGAUCUUUCCUACUCUAGCAGGCGAGCUCGUAGAUAAUGGUGAUGGUUCUCGUCCAUAUGUUUCAGUGGGAGGCAAUGGUGGAGGUGUUCUAGUGGUGGAGACGAACGUGGCAUCGGAAUUAGUAGAUAUUUUACCACUCAAGACCGUGCCGGAGAUGGUGCUGUUGCACCCUUCCAUGGACAAUGCCCAACACUUACUUCAAAUACAACUCAACCGCUUUUCAUGCGGCGGUCUAGUGAUUGGCAUAACAAAUCACCAUCGAGUGGCUGAUGGUAAAUCGAUGAGCUCUUUCUUUCUCUCAUGGGGGAAGUUGGUUGGUGGGCUCCAGUUAGACAGGUUUCCUGUCUAUGAUCGAACCAUGCUAAUACUCCGGGACCCACCAAGAUGUGAUUAUGAACAUUGGGGGAUCGAUUUUCAGCCACUUCCACUACCACCAUCUUCUCUUCCUUGUACUAUAAAAUCGAAAAAAGUACACAACAUGAUGGUCCACUACAGUGGAGAGUUCAUAUCAAAGAUCAAAGCGCAAAUGCCUCGGAAACAUUCUACAUUUGAGGUUUUGACGGGCCACCUUUGGAAGAACAUAACCAGAGCUCGUGGGCUUGAUCCUGAUACGCUUACUCAGAUAAAUGUGUCCGUGAAUGGACGGCCGAGAUUGCGGCCAGCCGCACCAUCAGAGUACUUCGGCAACAUGGUCCUCAGCGCCUACCCAAGGGCGCAUGUGAAGGAGCUGACUCAAGGGAGCGUCGCCGAUGCAGCACGAUUAGUGCAAGAUGCGGUGGCGUGCACUGGGGACGAGUAUAUGCGGUCGUUGAUCGACUUCGGGGCGAUCAACGGUGGGGAUUUGCUGGUGCCCGUUGCGGAUGUGGAGGGGCCAGUUUUGUGCCCUAACCUGGAAGUUGAUAGCUGGUUAGGGUUUCCUUUCCAUGAAGUGGAUUUUGGGGUUCGUGGGAGCUUUUGUGGUUUUGUUCCUGGGUGGGUCCCAAUGGAAGGUGUAGUGGUCUUGACGUCUUCGUUGAAUGGGGUCGGCAAAGGUGGUGUGGAUGUCGUGAUCAACUUAUUUGACGACGAUGCAUGGUUCUUCAGGCAGAUCUCCCAUUCCUUAGAUUAGUUUGCGGGCACUUGUCACACGUAUGUACGAUCUGAGCCGUUCAUUAGAUUCAUCAUACCGUGGAUAUUGCCUGGCUGAAAGAUCAGUCUACUCCGAUAAUCAGUUCGGCCACACAUGUGCAACGUAAUUGGAUGUCUGUGUGAAUUUACCUUGAUUUCAAUAAGUUUUUCUAGUUCCUCCUACUUGAGCUUUAAUCCUUCUUGUUGCGAUUUUCUUUUAAUACAAUUUAUUAUUUUCAAAA